CGGCUGUCUGGGCUUCUUCAAGCCUGCGGUUCGACAACAAGCAUGCCCCUUCUCUUCCCUCCAAACUUCCUCUAAUCUGGCUGCCUAGACACUUAUGUAUACCUAGGUGUUCAAUCAGACCUUUUGAUCAACAAGCCUGCUUGUACCUUGUCCAUUCAUUCCGCCCUCACAACGAAGGCCAACUCUCGGUAACCACUUGCCAUUCUGUUACCACCUCAGCCAAUAGUAAACCCAACAUGGCCCCACAAAUCACUGAAAUUGUCUAUAUCCCGUUGCGCCCAGAUGUUGACCUCGACCAUGGCGAUGCUGGCAACAUAUGGACCGAUACCCUGAACACCAUAGCCACACAGCCUGGAUGCCAGUCCGUCCUCUGGGGUCGACAGGUAGAGCAACCGAAAACUGCCGAGCUAGUCAUUGACUGGGCCACCCUCGACGACCACAAAACAUUUAUGGCGUCACCAACGUACAAGCCAUUCUAUGAGAAUCUAUCGACGCUUCUGGAUGGCCCUGUGAAGCUCUACCACGUGGAAUCGCCGUCCAGUCAAUCCUUCUCGACGCCUGGUUCGGCACCUGUCACCGAGUGCAUCUCGAUAUACUUCGAGCCCUCAUACUCUACUGCUGCUUAUGACGCCAGCUUUGCCAAGUUUGCAGACGUAGCUUCCAAGACUGCUGACGAGGCCCAAGGUGUCGUCGGUGGCUGGAGUAUAGAAGAUCAUGAGCACGAAAAGGUAGAGGGUGCUGCGAAAUUGUUUGCCGUCUUCAUCGGCUGGCCUAGCGUCGAGGCACAUAUGAAGUACAGGCAAACAGAGGGAUUCAAGGAAUGUAUUCCUCAUCUGAGAGAGGGCCCAAAAGCAUUGCAGAUGCACCAUGUCGCAUUCAAGAAACAUUUGAGUUGAUGGUGUUCUUUGUGCGGAUCUCGAGCAAUGAUUUGAUCUUUUAUCAGAACAACAAUAUUAGUUCAUCUUUUCUGCGAC